GUAUCUGAAUAACCCUAUCCAAUAUCCUUAUCUCCACCACAUAUAUCCGAAUAACAAAAAAUGAACUCUCUUCUCUCAUUCUCAUUCUGCACAAAUACAUCUCCAUUUCCCUAACUUUCCUAAGCCAAUAAUUCUUCAAUGGCCAUGGCAACUCAAGCUUCUCUCUUCACUCCAGCUCUCUCUGCCCCAAAAUCCUCUUCCCCAUGGAAACAAUCCCUCGCUUCCUUCUCUCCUAAGCAACUCAAAUCCACUGUUUCCGCUCCCCGUCCCAUUAGAGCCAUGGCCGAAGAAGCCGCCGCCGCCGCCACAAAAGAAGCAGAGGCUCCAGUGGGCUUCACCCCACCACAAUUGGACCCAAAUACACCUUCCCCGAUCUUCGGUGGCAGCACCGGUGGGCUUCUUCGCAAGGCCCAAGUUGAGGAAUUCUACGUAAUCACUUGGGAAUCACCUAAAGAGCAGAUCUUUGAAAUGCCAACUGGUGGUGCUGCUAUUAUGAGGGAAGGUGCUAAUUUGUUGAAAUUGGCGAGGAAAGAGCAGUGUUUAGCACUUGGUACUAGGCUGAGGUCUAAGUACAAGAUUAACUACAGGUUUUACAGGGUGUUUCCUAAUGGUGAGGUUCAAUACUUGCAUCCUAAGGAUGGUGUGUAUCCAGAAAAGGUGAACGCUGGCCGUCAAGGAGUUGGACAAAACUUCAGAUCCAUUGGUAAGAACAAGAGUCCAAUUGAGGUCAAGUUCACUGGCAAACAAGUGUAUGAUUUGUAAGCUGAUUAUGGUAUUUUGUGCCUUUUUAUGUAAUGUAAUGAUUUUGUGAUUAUUUAGUGCAUCGUUUCAUGUAAUUUUAUUUGCCACUACAAAAUACAGCAUGGGAUUCUAUUAUUCUUCUCGUAUUA